AAACAAUGUAAGCACUAGAGGGCGGGCUUGCAAAUGAUUGAAGCUGGCUCGGACAAAAAAUCCCAAUUUUCCUAUCGUUCUUUCGACAAUUCAGUCUUGUUUGUAACUGAAAUUACAAGUGUUUUGCAAAAUGGGAAAGUGGGGCAAAUACAAGAAGAAAUAUAACACAAAAUGGGAGGGAAAACCCGGCAUUAAGGACUGGAUUGGCCGCGUACCGAACGAUGACACCAAAGUUAUGUGUCGCUACUGCAAGUGUCGAUUGCGGGCGCAUAACAACGACCUACAUCGUCACGCUCAGACAUCAAAACAUCGCUCUUAUGCUGGACCUAAGGCAAGUGCACCGUUAGAAUAUCCGAAUGGACUCAGUUCCUAUAACAAUAUGGCCAGCUUCGAUAUACCGAACGUCUUGCACCCAACUGCCGUAGAGGAAGCGGUCAAACGUUGGUUGUUGGAGGACACACCAAGUUUUGAUCAUGCUGGGUUUGUGGUGGGUGAUCUGGAAGAAACCGCUGUCAUCAUGUGUAAGAGUCCUGGUGUACUUGCUGGUGUGCCAUUUGUUGAUGCAGUCUUUAAUGAAUUAGACUGCUGGGUGCAAUGGAAGUACCGGGAGGGGGCAGAAUUGUAUGAGGUACCAUGUGAAGUUGCAACAAUCACAGGGCGUGCUCGACGUAUACUGCUCGGAGAGAGGCUAGCACUGAAUAUUCUAGCACGCGCCAGUGGAGUUGCUAAGAAAGCACGACGAUUUGUUCAGCUUGCCCAGGCACACAAUUGGCAUGGAGAGAUUGCUGGGUCACGCAAGACGACCCCAGGAUUCCGUAUGGUGGAGAAGUAUGCAUUGCUGAUUGGUGGAGUGUCUACGCAUCGCUAUGAUUUGUCCAGUAUGAUCAUGUUGAAGGACAAUCAUAUCUGGAUAGCUGGAAGUAUUACAAAGGCUGUUCAUGAUGCCAGACGAGUUGGUGGUUUCAGCAGCAAGAUCGAGGUGGAAUGUCGCAGUGUGCCUGAAGCAACUGAAGCAGCACUAGCUGGGGCGGAGAUUGUCAUGUUGGAUAACUUUGAACCUCAGGCGGCGAAGGAUGCAGCAGCCAAUCUGAAGGACUUAUUUCCUCAGCUGAUUAUCGAGGUCAGCGGUGGUAUCACAGACGCAAAUAUUACCCAGCUCUUCAGCCCAUGCAUCAAUGUUCUCUCAUCUAGCACAUUGGUUCAGGGUUACCCUGCAGUUGACUAUUCUCUGAAGAUCAUCAAGCCUGGCCACGACCCACGCAACCCGACAGUCACCAUGCCUCGCUCCAGCAGCAUGCAAGUGGACCCAAUAACUAGCCAGGCCCUCAUCAACAGCAUGAUGCUGUCUGGUGAUGGUAGCACCACUAGGGUCGUAGAUGCACAAGGUCUGGUGCAAGAACCACAAGGCCUGGUACAACAACCACAAGGCCUGGUACAACAACCACAAGGCCUGGUACAAGAACCACAAGGUCUGGUGCAAGAACCACAAGGUCUGGUACAAGAACCACAAGGUCUGGUACAAGAACCACAAGGCCUGGUACAAGAACCACAAGGCGAGGAACUGGAGACAACCACUGUCAUCAUCACAACGACUGAAGACAAUAUCUCCAUCAUGGAGAGCACAGAGCAUAACCAAUCUUAAAAUGGCUCACUUUUUACUAGUUUCCACAUCGUAACCAUGACUUUUGGGAAAUUUGCCUAGAGCUCCAAACAGCAAUUAUUACAUGCAGGCGUAUUUGUAUUUGUAUCUAGUCUGCGAGAUGGAUUCAUUACAUAUGCAACAACCCCCAACCACCACCACAGGGUUUCUGUCAUAUAACACUUCACGGUGUCCUCAUUUCACAUAUUUUUUUCAUUAGGUAAUACAACUGAGACAUCAAAUUAUAGUGUAAGAAAAGUUAUAAACAGACAACUUAUAAGUAAACAAAAUACAUAAAAAGUAAUGGUGGAUGGGGUGAGCAUCACAAUCAUGCAAAAGUGGGUGAUGGAUUUGUGUUAGUUUUGGGUGUGUAGGAUUAAGAAACUGAAAUUACUCUAAUUAGCUCUUUGCACGCUUCCGCUAUAAGCAUGCAGAACCUCGAUCUGGCAACUUUACACAAUAAAUAUAGUGACUCCCCUGUCGGGUUCAGUGAUUCCCGUCGGGGUUCAGUGAUUCCCAUGUAUACACGGGAAUCACUAAACCAGCUAUAAUUAUUGUGUAAACCUGCCUGAUCGAGGCUGUGCAUGCUUAUGGCGGAAGCAUGCAAAGAGCGAAUAGACAGCUUGAGAAUUGGAGACUCCCUAAAUUUAUUUUUACAAUUACUUUUUCCUUUUUUGUAGAUUUCUAUGUAAUGGUAAAAACUAAAUGGUUAAAAGUUGCACAAGAUUUAAGGAAUUUGUCUAGUUGUUAUAUGCAAGUACAUGUAGGGAAUCGACAGAUGAAUAUUUAACAAGAUAUAGUAUGUAUGUUCACAAUUACGAUAUUGUUUGUAAGACCACCUAAAAUGAGACAGACAGAGAUUGAAUAGUGUUAUUAUUUGGCUUUAAAGUCUAGUUCAAGAAAAGUGAACCUAAAGUUAGCAUUUUUUUUUAAUUGGAAAGUUGGAGCACAGGUUUUGCAUAAUUUAUCAAUUGCAAGGUGUAAUUGUUUUUUGGUGCAUAUUAAAAAUGGGGACUGCUCAAGAGGAGCACAUAUCUGUA